AUGGUGUCCAUGGAGACCAAGGGCUAUACUGACCUCCUGGAGACCAGCGAUGGGCAGGGGUCGGGACUUUUGGAGAGAGGGGACGUGUCGGGGACUGAGGAGGGCUGGAGCGUCCCCUUACCCCUGGGCUUCCAGGUGUCCCUCACCACCGUGCUGAUGCUGGAGCUGGUGCUCGGCUUCAGCAGCAACCUGACCGUGCUGGUGCUCUACUGCGCCCAGUCCAACCUGGUUGACUCAGUCAGCAACAUGGUUACAGUCAGCUUGCACGUGCUGGACAUCCUGGUGUGUGUGCUGUGUCUGCCGCUGACCGUGGCGAUCAUCCUGCUCCCAGUGGACGGUAGUGGCGGGGGCAGCCUGGCUACGCUGUGCUGCUUCCAUGAGGCCUGCGUAACCUUCACCAGUGUGGCCACGGCCAUCAAUGUGCUGGUCAUCAGCCUGGACCGCUACGACAUCACCGUCCGUCCAGCCACGCGGCUGCUGACUCCGCGACGUGCUGCACUCCUCCUGGCUGCCGUUUGGGCCAUAUCACUGGCCGUCUUCUUCCUGCCCUUCCUGGAGGGGGACUUCUUCUCAAUAGGGUCUGACGCAGAGGACAGCGAGAUUGGAGGAGGGUGGCAGAACCGGACACUGCUAUGUGUGGGUGGGCAGGGCUACCACACGGGCCUGGCCAUGUACUACCACCUCCUCCUGCAGGUGCCCUGCUUCUUCAUCGCCGUGGUCGUCAUGUUGUUCACAUACUCCCGCAUCCUGCAGGCCCUCAACAUCCGCAUCGGCACCCACAUCAAGAGGGGCCCACGGGCCUCCAAUAAGGACUCAGGCUGCAGGAUCCGCAGGCGGAGACAAAGGAGGAAGGAGCUGACGACUCCUAACCCCACUGACGGCAUCUCCCCCCCACCGGCGGCGGCGGCAGACCGCCCAGGCGUCCAGGCUUCUGUGUCAGCCAUCAUCGCCCUGAGGAGGGCCGUGAGGCGCCACCGGGACCGGCGGGAGCGCCAGCGGAGAGUCUUCAAGAUGUCCCUGAUCAUCAUCUCUUCUUUCCUGGGCUGCUGGGCUCCUCUGUCCAUGGUGAACGUGUUGAUACUGUGUCUGGGCCCCAGCGAUGGCCUGGUACGUGUGAGGCUCUGCUUCCUGGCCAUGGCAUACGGCACCACCAUCUUCCACCCGCUACUCUAUGCCUUCACCAGGCAGAAGCUGCGUAAAGCGCUGAAGACCCAUGUCAAGAAGAGGGUGGUGUCCCUGCUGCAGGUGGACCCGGCGCCCAACGGGGGAACUGUUAUUCACAACUCCUGGGUGCAGGGGGGUGGACAGAGGAAGGGACGCAAGCCCCGACUGGAGGGCAGUGACGCCACCAGUAACUGCCUAACAGUGGCUGUGAGAGAAUGA